AUGAGUUCCGGAGAUAAGAUUCCGCUAUUAAAUCAAUCUUCUUCGGAAUCAAGCGAGUCCCAUUCCGAAAGUGGAGUGGAAAAAGCUGAAGAAAAUCUUGAACAUCUGCAGUUACAGGAGCGCUUAGUAAAGGGAAAUUGGUAUGUUGAAUCGAGUUCCUCAGACUCCUCGAUUCAAGAAAGGAAUACAGAAAGUACAGAUGUUCCAAUGACUGUCCCAAUUGAAGAAUCCCGUCCACCGUUUGCUGACGUCAAAUCGGAUCCAGCGCCAAAAAGAGUCCGUGCUUUAGAUCUCCAAAGAGAAGCUGCUGAAGCGCAACGAGCCGGUGAAAAUACAGAAACUACAGACAGCACUCCGCCUUUUAUCCAGUCUCCGCCAACGUCGGAAUCCUCGGAGAAGUUGGUGCCUCCACCAAUACCGCCAAGGAAACAUUAUGCAAUCCAGAAACUUCUUCAUAGUCAAGCCAGUUCCAAUAAUUCUGCUGCAAGUGACAGGCAGACUACAUUAUAUGGUGUUCCCAGUAUUGUCUCUGAAGUAGCGAGCUAUUCCGGAGAAGAAAUUCCAUAUGAUGAAUCGGCGAACUACCAGGAAGACCAGACAUCUAACGAUGCACCUGAAUUGGGAAGGCAAUUGUCUGAAGCUUCAGAUUCGAACAUAAGCGAUAUUCCAGAUGAGUACCAAGCACCGCCUCCUCCAACUCCGAUCUCUUCUAGAGAAUACGGUGAGCCUACUGUAGCACAGUUGCAAAGGGAAGAGGACAUAAAAGUCGGUACAUCACUUGGAAUUGUAUCAUCUAAACAAGACGAACUCGAAGAUGUACACCCCAAAAGUGAACUUUCUGAAGGGCGCUUAUUUAGCAAAGAAAAAGAUGUCGAUAAAUUGACAAAAUGUGAACAAAGGCCCAAGGGAAAUGAGCAAGAAUUGAGCGAACUUGAAGAUAUGCCAAAUGUAUCAAUCGGACUACAAACAGACGAGGAAAGAAUUCAAUUUUCCGAAUUUGGAGCGGGUUCUCCGUCUGAUCGAAGAGGUCCCUCAAAAUACGAGGCUGGACAAAGCAGUGGGGGAAAACGAGACAUUAGCAGGUUGAACCCAGAAACAAAGUUGGAUGUAGAGGAAAAAGUGGGAAGCAAAACAAAUGAUCCCGUGCAAUCCGGCGACGAACUUCAUCAUAGAGAAUUAUCAGAAAUGAAAGGUUCGAAUGUGUCUCCCAAACUGAAGACGGACAAGAAACAUUGGCAGAAAGCCGGUGGUCUUCUUGGUAUGCAACUGACUGCCGUGACAUCGAAGGACUCUGCUGUAGCAGAAGAAGCUGAUCCGAUUUCACCCUGUGAGGCUCAAAUUCCCGAACCAAUGGAAACGGGAGGAAAUGACGACUCUCCUGAAAAGAUGUCAACAACAGCCGACGAAAGUGUUGCUGCUGACACUGGGUUACCGGAAUCAAAUCCUACAUUAAAAUCGCGCGAUCGGGUCAAUAUAUCCGAAACUGAAGGAGUAUCAAAGGAAGAACAGACUUCCAAAAAAGGGGUGUUCCAACGAAAGGCUAAGAAGUACAAGCUUCCAGAUGCAAAGACUAGUUCUCCUCCUUCAGAUGAAACUCGGGGCUCUUCCCCAAAGAAAGCGAGGCCUGAUCUAGAGUUAAAAAGAACACACAGAACUAGGCAUGAUAGCAGCAAUAAACCAGGGUAUGUUAAUCUCGGUUACGUGCAUGAAAAGUCUAGCACUUCUGAUGAAGAGGAAACUGAUCAGUAA